AUGAUUCCGUCCUUCUGCUUGGUUGGAAAGUUAUGGAAUUCGGGCUUUGUUUUGGGUGACGACUGUAAUCUGCGAUACAGCAAGUUAAGCUCAGAAGCCGCCACAGCUAGUAUUUUUGUUGAUAAAAGCAGAAAAGGAGCAGUUAUCAAUGGCUUCAAGGCGGUUUAUCAUUAUUUUAUAGGUCAUUUUCACAUUUCAAUGGAUUUCGUUUUUACAUGCGGUGGUCUCACAUCCUGUGCUUUCCUGGACAAGAAAGGCCUACUUUCAUGGCCAAAUGCAACAAUCGAAAAGGUGCUAUGUUUUCACGCUGAUGACGAAGGUGAGGAACGAAAAUUGGUGCCAAAAAUCUUGGAUUUAACGACGAAUGGAGCUUCCCCUGUACAUUUCGAUGAUUCUUCAUGGGAGAGCUAUAAAGGAUCUUUACUGCCAUUCGGAAUUAGCAGUGUUGUAAAUGGUUGCUCUUUACUGCCAGAUUAUACAUUAUUCCUUAAUCACAUUAGCAGUAUUUCGGAAACUGUGUCAAACACUAUUGCAAUUUCCAAUCGACACUGCUUAUGUCCGUUAACUCAAUUAUUAGGAAUUGGUGACGAAGUCUUAGAAAAGUUUAAUACUUCAGAUACAAAAACGAUAGGCUUUUAUAAGCGAUUGCAAAGAGAAAAAUCCGCUAAUGAAUUAUGGAAAUUCCGAAUGCCGUUAGAAAAUGCGUUUCUGACAAUUACGAAAGAUGCAACAUCAAAGUAUUACCAUGUGAUGAGUCAGGGAACAGCUGAUUUACUGCUUAAUGCUUGCACUCAUGUAUGGUGUGAGAAUUCUCUAGAACCGUAUACACCGAAUUUACAUAAACGCGUCCUUGAUUUUUAUCAGCGCAACACAAUGACCGGAUUCUGUUUGGUUCUUGGCUAUCGAACAGUGGGCUGCACGAUUUCAAAUACUCUUAGUGGAAGAUAUAUUGAUAUUUCGUUACUAAAAAAAUAUGAAGUUAUAGAAAGGACUUCAAUUCCAAGAGCCGUCAGUCUUGAUAUGGAGUUUUUGAAAGCGUUUUAUCGACAGUCACCUUUGCAUACCGCUUAUGAAUGCUUUGAAGAAGUAAUGCAUGGGCAAACGUUAUGUGGUUUGCUUGUCCUACAGCAUCAAGCUCGAAGUGACGUCGUUCAAUUGGUGGAACAAUUAGAUCAUGCUUGCAUUCGAUUUAUUUACUUCUCGAAAGAAAAUGAAUUGCGCAGUCGAGUUUUUGCAGAAAAGUUGGGUUUAGAAGCAGGAUGGAAUUGUCAUAUAUCAUUAGCUAGCGAAGAUGAACACUCCGAAGUUUUUGAUGUUGACAAAUAUUCUUAUGGACAUUCAGCAGAGUUAGCAUUACAUCGUUCAGCUACUUGGUCUGGGCAUUUUCCACUAGAGCAAAGACGUUCUUCUAUCUUUUCAGUAGGGAGUAUCUUCAGAACUUUUAUGCAAAUCUCAAAUCGAAGCAAGUACAAUUUAUGUUCAUCGUCAUUUGUGCUUAAAAAGCUAUCAUCAAAAGCGGAGGAAGCUUCAUUAAAAAACAGUCAAAGUCAUCAUUCAGUGUUUUCAUAUAGUGAAGAAACAGGCGUGGAGUUUUUUCCGAACAAAGCAAAAUUACCAUCAGGAAUCAAGAAUAUACGUCCUCACUUAGAGAAUGUUGAUAAUGUGCCACUCUUGGUUAAUCUUUUCACAGAUUGCGACCAUUUUUCUUGUCAAAGAAUGAUUGAAAUAAUGCAGGAUUACGGUGAAGUGGUACUUGUUGUUGGUUCAUCGUUAAAUUAUUUCAAUAGCAAUAUCUUUGGUCAGGCAAACUGUUCAAUCACUAUUGAGCCGCAGCAUCCUGCUUUAUGUAGCAAAAAAAUUUUCCAGAAUGACAACGGAUUGAAAUCAUCAGUUAUCGCUACAUUGCUUAUGGGACUGUGUUGCGAUAUUGUUGUAUUUCCAAAUCAGACUUUGGACCUUAUUUCAUUGAUCUCAUUUUGUCGACAUCAGUUAGAGACGUUUCGUUCUUCCUUCCUAUUUUUUAUAUUCUCAUCGACAGCACUUGCGCUGCAGCAAACUUUAGCUUUGUUAUUUCUUCCGAAUGUCUUAUCCGUUUUUCAGGUCCUAUUAUUCAUAAUUAUAUAUGUACCAGUGUUAGCCUUAUCACUGAUGGCCUCACCGCGUGGCUCUGGUGUAAAUCGUGAUGAAAUAGCUCCGAAAAACAUUUCCUCAGCUCCGAAACGUGUCAUUCGUCGUGCGAUUAUUUAUUUCUCAAUAAAUUUUCUUCCGUCUCUUUUCGUCGUCUGUCUUAUUUAUUAUAGCACCGUUGUGAUAACUAGAAAAAAGUAUGAAUAUCAGAGAAGUUCCAACUAUUCGUUUUAUCCUGCUAAUCAUGCCGUUAUUAUUGGCCAGCAUGUUGCUUCGUUUUAUUUGCUUCUUUACUUAUGUACGUUAUCAAUGGGUUUUGUUCAUUUUCGUGAUAACUGCUGGGCGAAAUAUCCACUGGAUAAUUAUUAUUGGGUAGCCGUAACAUCUUGCGUUAUUCUUAUACAGAUCGCUUAUACAAAUCUUUCAUGUGGUUCAUUGUUGAGUUAUAUUUUUGACUGCAACAUUUGGGUUAUAAUAAUCUCAUUUUUUUGGGUAACUGUGAUUAUUGUUAUUAGCGAAUUGUGCAAGCUUUAUUUAAUCAAACUUCAUUAUCGUGACCAACGGAGAAGAAAGCUUGACUUCAAUACGAAAUUGGGCAUGAAUUCACCAUAUUAA